AUGUAUUCUGUUAAACGACCUAGCAAUUUUCAAGUAUUACUCGUGCUCAUUAUUACUUCGGUUUUUAUUUUCUUCUAUCAUAAUUCAAUAUUUAAAACAAGUCAACCAUAUAUUCCUCAAGCUCGUCUUCGACCUUACAGAAGCGCGGCAUCAAUUAAAGUUUCUAUAUCACAUUACACAGCAAAUUAUGGCUUCCGGACUGAUUCUCGUUCAAAUAUUUUUAAUAAAAAUUUACAGCAAAUAUGUGACAUAUAUGAUCCCGAAGAAUACGAAUAUGCUGAUAGUGUUAUUGUUAGUCUUGUUGAUUUUUUUCGUUUUCCAACCAUAUCUAAUAGCAAACAACUAUAUAGGAAAAAAUAUCCAUCGCAAUUAUGGGUGUUGCAAGUUGAAGAAUCACCAAGAAAUUCUUAUCGAACAGCUCAAAUAAAGAGUGUAGAAGAGCUUGACGAUUGGUUUAAUCUAACGGCAACAUUAAAACCAGAAUCCGAUUUUCACAUUCAAUAUAGAGGUUAUCGUAUAAAACCUGAAAUAGUAAAUCUCAUUGAAGAAAAAUUAAAUAUUAAAUUUGAUCAUGCAAUCAAUUCAACGUCACUUCCGCAAUCAAAUCUAUUUACAAAUGGUCUUUCAAAUUACUUAAAUAUUCUUGCUUUCGUACUAGAUAGAGAAUUAAAUGAUCGACAAGAUGCCUACUCCAAAAUUUGUCCAUAUACCUGUAAUCAACCGUUACCGCCUGAUAUAGUUAAAUCGCUUCAACCACAUUUGAAUCCUAUUUUUCCUCGUAUAAUGAAUCGUGAUAUUGUUUACAUAGCUUGGUUUGUAUCGAAUUGUGAUAGUCAUUCUGGCCGUGAAGAAUAUGUUCUUAAGUUACGUUCACAACCAGGUAUUCUGGUUGAUAUCUACGGUGGAUGUUCGUCAAUGUUUCAUUCUCAUAUCAUAAAUAUGAAAUGUAAGAAAGGCAUAUCCGGUUGUGUAGAGAAAACAUUGCCAAAUUAUCGUUUUUAUUUAUCAUUUGAAAAUUCAAAAUGUGAUACAUAUAUAACAGAAAAAUAUUGGAUGCACGGUCUCAAUGGAGAAGCGAUACCCAUUGUUAUGGGUGCUAAAAUUGAACAAUAUGAACGUAUAGCAGUACCAAAUUCAUAUAUUCACGUUGAUAAUUAUCCAACAAUUGAAAAGCUUGCUGAAGAACUGCAUCGUCUAAAUAGAAAUGAUUCGGAAUAUGUAAAAUAUCUUCAAUGGAAACAAUUCUAUGAUAUAGGAGAAAGCUAUUCGCCACAAGCACGAUAUAAUAUGCAUUCAACACUUUGUUUCCUUGGUCAUUAUCAACGUUUACAUGCAAUGCAAGGCCAUAAUGAUCAGAGAAAAUAUUUACUAGAACGUAUACGUGAGAUAUUUAAUGUUGAAAAAAUUCGUUUACCAAAUUUUAUUUGGGAAACUGCCAAGACGAAAUUAAUACGUAUCAGUGAAUUCUACAAUCCGAAAGUUAAUUGUUGGGAUAAUGAUUUUCCAUCACUGCCUAGAAGAAUUUAUAAUUAUUUGUUCACUUGGUGGAAAUUGUUUUAG